CUGGGUGGGAGUGUCUGGCAGCUCCAUGCCAAUGCCCUAGCCCCAGGUGGCGCCGUAUCGGGGUGACUCCAGAUUAGCUGGGGAGCGGCCGAUAGCCUCCUCGAGGAACUGGGCGUGCACGGGGUGGCGCCCAGCUUGGCCAGGCCACAGGGCACUUUAUCUCUACCAGGUAAAUAUUGUCCUUUCUCCCUUCCCUCCCCAGAGACGUCAACAGGGGCCAGGCCGGGACGUGCCUGCUGGCUGGCACCACCUUAACUUGAGGGACCCUGCUCGCUGCACCUCCGCCUUCACCUUGGCAUGGCCGCACCAGGGGAAGUGGGGCUGGGGGGGGCCCAGGGCACUGAGCUGGUGGAGCAGGGGCCCUGGGGUGCUGAGCUGGCAGAGCGGGCAUCCUGGGGCACUACGGAGGAGGAUGAAGACAAGGCAUCCAUGGACUGUGUGAUCUGCUUCUCGCCCUAUGAUCGGUUGUUCAAGGUGCCCAAGGUGCUGGGCUGCGGGCACAUCUUCUGCCUCGAGUGCCUGGCACGCAUCAACGUCUCCUCGGAGCAGGUCAACGCCGUCAGCUGCCCUGUGUGCCGGGAGUUGACUUCCUUGCCCACCCGCAAGGGCCUGCCUGGCCUGCCCACCUGCCUGGACCUGCUGGACCAGCUGCCCCUGGCGCCUGUUGCCCCCAGCAGCUCUGUGCGCUUCAGCCGGCGCCAGGGGCUGCUGUACGUGCCGGGCUGGGGGACCCGAAAGGGCCGGGGGCUGGCGCUACCCAAGCCGGGCCCUGCCCUCAGCACCAUCAGUCUGAGCGUGGAUGUGGGGCGGCCGGCACCGCGGGGUGUGGCCAGGGGCCUGCAGGGGCUGGGCUGCUCCAGCUGGCCCUUUGCUGUGGCUGUGGCCGUGGCUGUAACUGUCACGGUGGGGCUGGUGAUCUCCGGCGUCUACAUCUUCUUCAUGCUGCCAACGACCUACGGGCUGGGGCUAGGCGGGGUGCUGGGCAACACCACCUGGCAAGUGUCCUGGCCCAAUGGCACCGCUGCGCCGGCGCCGCCCAGUGACAGAUGGCUGCUGGCACAGCCCCCCAAAGAUGGGGCUAUGGGGCUAGCUGGAGAGACGGCACCUCCACUGCCUGAGCAGCCGCCCAAUGCCGCGUCUAACAACCACCAGUGCUCCCUGGCAUAUUCGCUCUCCGUGUGGGUCUGCUCUCUUGUCCUUCUCAUGAUGCCUGUUCCUGAGACUCAGAUGGGGACAGUCUGA